AUGGUAAAGAAUGGUCUGUCAAAUUUGGGAGUUGUUUUCUUGUUUCUAGUGGUUGUUUUGGUUCCAUGCUCUAUUGACUAUGUUCUGCCUUCUCCCAAAGAGUUAAUCCCAACGAACGGUUGGAGAAGAAAGUUGAUACCAGUACGGUCAUCAGUCAGUCGACGAGCUGCUAUAAAAGGUGCUCCUCCAUCGCCACCACCGUCGGCGAUUUCUAUGAAACUUUCAGCAGCCAAAUCCAACAAUUUGCCCUGUUUUAACCAGUCAUCAAACCAGCAAAAGUACGUUCAUCCCAUUUCUUAUCUCAAAUCGAAUGAAAGGAUAAGCAGCCUCACGAAGCUGGAGAAGCUUCCUCCACAUCCAAGAAUCAUUGGAGGUUGCGUUGGGCGACUCAAGCCAAACGGCUCCGUUCUCAGCUACCGAAAAUCACGUCUUCUCGCCUCCUUCUCUUCUUCGUCGAUCGCUUUGACGAACUCGAUUCCGCCCAGCCGUUACAGGCUACCAAAUACGAUUAGUAACCUCCGCUCCGACGCUCGCCAUGGUUCACGGGUAGCCGUAUCAGCAUCUUCCCUCCUCCAUCAGUUUCUAGGAUUUAGUAUUUCUUCGUCUAAUGGUGUUCGGCUUCAUUUCUCUGUUUAUGACAAGUAUCUGUAUGCACUUGAUCGGAAAAUGGAAAACGCGUGGACAUAUUCACGCUUCUCCUUGAUCAGAAGGUACAUCCCAAACUCUUUCGCUCCACCAUUCUCUGCAGGAAUGUAGUGUUUUAGUAAAUCACAGCCUAAAGGACUUUAUGAAGCUAAUGAGUUAACAACGCCAGCAAAGUGCUUCAUGUUCGAUUUAGAGUUUACAGAAAUAGCUCGAGAUGAUGAUGAGCUUUCGAUUUUUCGUAAAUUGGAAAGGUUUUCAUUACUCUCCAGAUGUUGUUACGGGAAGGAGUUAAAUCUUGGUACUUGGGAACAGCUGUUAAGAGAAAGGGAUCUCCUCAUCAUCAAGUUGCAGCACAGGACCGAGAAAAGUUUAAAGCAGCUUCAGCACCUGAACUGCUGCAAGGCAAAUGGUGACGACAAGGACAACACUGAACACUGUAGUGCAGGAGAAGUGGAAUCUGAGCUUGAAGACGAGAGGGUCGUAAAAAGGAAAGUCAACAUUGACUUGGUUGCAACACCCUGCAAGAGAGAGAGACUUUCAAGGGGAAGCAAGGAGGGAUUGAAAGAUCCACCAAAUCAAGAACAGAGAAACCUGAUAUCACUGCAGCAAAUGGAGUGGUAG